GAACGCGUCUGCUCCGCUGUCCACCACCUCCGUCGCCUCCUCGUCCGUCCCACAUCACUCGUUGUCUACCAGGUUCGGUAUCUCAAGAUGAACGCUCCCAUGCAAAACCUGGCUAUUUCUCUCGGCGUCAUGCAAGUGGCCCGAAAAAUCCCUUUCGACGACCCGGACGUGUUGCUUUAUGUUCGGAUAGGAUACGUGGUCACUCAGGCGAUCUGUCUGGCCGUGUACUUCUAUAUCUCCCAAAAGGUCAAGUCGAAGAACGACCAGACCGUGCUCAAGUAUGUUGAGCCCCCUAAUCAGAUGACGCAAGAACCUGGAAACCUGGUCACCACGACCAUCCGCGAUUAUGACCUCGCUGAGGUCUCGAAACUCAUCCGCUCAACCCUAACCUCCGUCGCAAUGAUGGGCUUCCUCCACCUCUACAUGCAAUACACCCAACCUCUCUUCGUCCAAGCCCUCAUGGGCCUCAAAUCGCUCUAUGAGUCCAACGAGGUCAAGAUCUACGUGCUGGGCAAGGCGCCGGAGGGCGAUUUGAAGAGGCCGUUUAAGGCUGCUGGGGGGUUGUUUGGACCCGCCGCCGGUCCCGCAACGGACAAAGCCGCAAUCGACGAAGCCGAGAAGAGGAUCGGAGGAAAGAAAGAGGAAUAGAUGGCUUUCUCAUCUCCCUUCUUCCACUCUUCUGCCUAGCCUCCUUUCGUCUUUCCCUUUGCCGUCUUCUGUCUUUCCCAUCUUUCCCUCUCUGCCGUCUGCCGUCUUUUGUCUUCCCCUCUGCAAUCGUUGACGCCCUCUGUGGGUUCCGGUCACCUGAUUGAUUCUCGUGCUCGGAAGCGGAAGGGUGGGUGGACGCAUAGAUCUGUAUAGCGACAGGCGACGACACGUUGACGUUGGGGUUCGGCGUUCGUGCAAUAUAAUCCGGGCGGGACGUUUCUG